GUGGAUAUUUACCCACCUACGAGCAUGAAUUAUCCACCCGAAAAUUAACGCGCUUCUUAUCUCUCAACCUGAAAUCUUCACUUCACCUCACUCCCGUCGCUCAAAUCACUCAUACCUCAAAAUGGGCAUCUUCCGCUUGGCCAGAAAAACAGUCUUCACGGGCUUGUUGGGCACAUCCACAGCCGCCGCGUACCUCGCUUCUCAAAACCCCGUCAUCUCCCCGCUCCCCGCCAACGACCCCAUCUGGUCUUCUCGACUCUUCAGAAGGGCUAAUCCAAACGGUAACCCUACUACUCAAGAUGUCGUCAUCAAGCGCAUUCCCUUCAGCAAGAUUCGUCCCGAGUUGCUUCAGAAUAACAGUGACUUGACUCUUGAGUUCUGUCGUGGAGUUUGGAGCGGUUGGGGCUUCGCUAUUCAGCGUCGAUAUGCUGAUUUCAAGCACCGAGGUCCCGAGACUGAACAGCAGCUCUGGGAUAGCGAGCAACUCGCCACAAGCACCUACGACAAAGGCGCCAUUAUCACGGAUCAUUUCGAAGUCGUCGAGAAGACUCCUACUUCCAUCACCGUGCGCUGCGGCGACUCACCGCGCAACCAACCUCUUCGCCCGUCUGAUGGUCUUUUCCAGAUCAGCGCUACUAUCGACAAGGCGCAUGAGGAGGUUGAGCUGAGGCUCAAGAGCGUUUUGUUCUCUAGUGAGGGUAAGGUUGCGGGGAACAAGGGACCUAUGCCUCCAUGGGUGACGGAGCUGCAUCAGUGGUAUGCGCGAAUCUGGGCUGAGACUGGUUCUUGGAGACUUCUUAAGUGAUGGAUGUUAUGAGUUAUGAUAUACCAUGUAGAUCGUGGACAGUUUGCUGAGCAGCUGUUGACGGAAUGAAUGAAUUUCUCUAUCAAAUACAAGACGUUUUUUUAUGUGGAAUUAUUUUUUUUCUCUUGGGGCUUUAGUCAAAAGGCGAUCUGGCUCGAUGCUGUGGAAGCUUAUAAUGGUAUAAGCAUUGGAUAUCAUGUCCAGAAAGAACCAUCAGUCACGACAUUCGUUCAGACUUUUCGUCAUACGAUGAGCCCCGCUCAGUUCACUGUGCGAGUCUGUGUACCCUAAAAGGCCACGAGAUCCAAGAGAGAGCAUUAAUGCUAG